GUGAACUGACCGUAAAAUGUGCGAAAUACACAACUGAAGUCGUGCACGUCACAAGUAUUGCACCUCUGACUUUGGAUACACGUUUGGAGUCACGUCUAAAGAUAAUAGAAGAUACCGCAAUGCAAGAGUCAGUUAACGCUCCGCGUACUGACAUAAACGUCCAGAUCAGGGGAGGCUAUAAGAACGACAGCCGUGGACAGUGGGACACCAAAGGAGUGUCAUGGAAUUGCACCUGUGUUAACUGUGGUGAGCAGUUUUCAAACAGAAGAAAACUGAGAUAUCAUUACACAAAGUGUCCGUUCUAUGUCGAUUUUCAACAGGUCCCUGAAAAUGACGUCGCAGCAAAAGACUUUAAAUGUUCACGAUGCGGGAAGAAAUUUGUUGACAUGACUCGGUUGGCGUUUCAUAACGAAAAAUGUGGUUAUUACAUUCCUAUGCACCAGGUUGAUACAUGCGAUCAUACUGUUGUAACAGACACAGCAAAAACUGAUUCAGAGAUUGCUGAGACAAACGACAAUGUUAUCUUUAUCGGCGUGGAAGAUGAACCGGACAAUCAAGAAGCUGUAGUUGUUGAAACAGAAGAUCUCAAUUCUGAAAAGUGUGAGCAAAAUGAUGGACUUGAAAGGACUGAUUUUGCGACCCCAGAGAUUAAUGUGGAAGCUGAUAAUCCUUCCUCUGUAAACCACCCUGAAGAUAAUGACAACGCCGAUUCAGUUCAGAUUGAUAAACACGUAAGAGAAAGUGUCAGAAUUAGAACCGAAAUUAUGAAGGAACAGCUUCUGAAGACACACCAUCGGAAACGGAAGUAUGACAUCAUGUUAUCAACUUCCUCCGAUCAAUCGCAGAUGGUGCUGAAGAAGAUAAAGUCACAAGGAGAACAGAAAGUAUUGAACAAAUUACUGAUAGAUGACAUGCACCAGGAACAUAGGCAAAAUGUGUUCGAGAGAAUUUCGUCAGAUCAGAGAUCAUACAAAUGUCCAAAAUGUAGUGUUCGUUUCAAAUAUAAGCAUAAAUUUGACAUUCAUGUAAAAUUUGCCCAUGUACAAUCAAGAUCAUUAAUAACUGCAACAGACCUUAAAUCUACAAAGAAAGUUUCAGAAAAUAAGUGUAGUGCAACUGGCUUUGCUGAAUCAAACGAGGCAACAGAUGGCAGUUCUGUUUUAAAUCAUUACAAUGAUGGAACGGUGAAAAGUUCUUCGCCAAGUGAAAAUUCCAAAGUUAAACCAAGGACCGGUCACUAUCCGUGUGAUUUCUGCCAUUUGAGUUUUCGUUAUCUUUCUAGAUGUGAAAGGCACAUGAAGAGUGUUCACAAAGAACCGGAAGACCAAUUAAAAUUUGGGGACAUAUUUAGAUGUGUAGAAUGCCAAGAAAGAUUUCCAGAUAAGUACGCGCUGUUGAAACAUUACAAUCGUCAGCACAUGCGAAACGCAAAUAAUCCGACUGUCGCCGAGCAAACUAUCUAUGAGCAGUUUAACAGCAUAUUGAACGUGAAUGAUGUUAUGAAACAUUUAAGAAACAAUUUAACAUGUCUUCAAGAUAGAAAGGGCAUUGAAAAGGAUCAUGAUGAUGAGCCUCAUUUGAAGACGACUAAUCAUUUCCGAGACAGCAAUCGAUCAACCGGAAUACGGUCUAGCCAGUUCGAAGGAAAAAUAGAAUCGAAUGACGGCAACAUUAGUCAAAAAGACAAUCUAGAAAAUACUGCGUAUACAGGGACAUCGAAAUCAGAAACUGCUGCACGCAAAAGGACAUUCAGUGUCUACCAUUACUAUCCUAAGACAUGUGAAAAUAUGUUUACCGGAGACUAUAUUGAAAGAAAAGAGCCAUUUAACAAGAAAGACUUUCAGAAGGAUAAAAUCAGAAGCUAUUCACCAAUUAAUCAUAACUUUAAUGAUGAUGAUAAACCUUUAGACCUUUCUACGAAAAACUGUACUGAAAGCGAAUAUGAUACUCCUUGCGACACUCCAGAGAAAAUGACGUUUGUUGAUAAAAAGCCGUCGGAUUCUGAAAGAGCUUUACUUUUGGAAUAUUACAAAGACUUUUUGCAAGAAUACUGUUUAAAAUGAUCUUGAAUUUAGGUAUACGCACACCAGCCUUUGAAGAAGAGUUAUAAUUAUAUAUAGUUUUGCUUAGUCGGUAGACCUUUUAUGUACACGAUCAAGGUCACAUUAACCUUGAGAUUGAAAAUUAUUUCAGAAUACUUCAGCCCCAGUUUUCAAAUAUCGCAAGAUGAUCGCCUCUGGUAAGCAGAUGAUCCCUAUUGUUUUAGGAUCACUGAGCCAAAGGUCAAGGUCACUACAUUGAAACUGAAAAUGGUUUUCGCUGAAUAACUAAAACAUUUC